UGAAUCUGGCAUCUGACGUUUAUUGUCAUUUUUGAUCAACAAUUAAUCAUUAAUAACUUUUUUGUGAUAGGGACUUCACAGUUGAGGUAGACGUUACAAAUUGAUAUUUUAUACUUAGUUCUAGAACCAGUACUGAUUCUUGGAAAUUGGAGAGCUAUGGUAGUAGUGAUUUGAAAUUCCAUUCAGAACUUGGCAACCUAGAGUGAUUUUUUUAUCAACAUGUUGUUGGAAGCACCAAAUAAAUGUUCAAACGAAAAUCCCACCCUUAUAUUUGAUGAAGCAUGCUUGGAUGUUAUAAAUACAUUAAAUGAAACAAUAUCAAUUUAUGGACAGUAUACAGAGUGCCACAACUGCAAUUUUCAAAAGCUUGCAACAUUAGGACCUGGAAGUAAUACUUCUAUUCUUUUCAAUACUGUAUAUCCUACUGAAAUAUAUUACACUACAAAUAAAAAUGAAACAGCGUUUUGUAGAUUCCAGAAGACAUUGUACGAGCAUUACAGAUAUGGAUGGAAUGUUACUUCAGAAUGUGAUCCCUUGUUCAUCAAGGAACCUGCCGAAAAUUCUUUCCUUCCAAUUCUUACUGCGUUCAUUGUUUUAUUUUGUUUUGGUACUAUGUGGUAUAUGGUGAAAUGUAUCUACAAAAAUUCUGGGAGGUUGCGAAGAUAUUUGAACCUUAGCAGUGAAGUAGAGAAUGAUCUCGGAGAAACCUCAGGAUCGUUGCUGGUUAUUCCAAAAGCUCCAACAAUUAAAAAACAUCCCAAUAGAAUAAAGUCAAUCGAUGUUUUUCGUGGGCUGUGCAUUGUUGUGAUGAUAUUUGUCAAUUAUGGAGGUGGUAAAUAUUGGUUUUUUAGUCAUUCUAUUUGGAAUGGUUUGACUUUAGCUGAUCUAGUAUUUCCUUGGUUUAUGUGGAUCAUGGGAAUGUCCUUGGCCAUUUCUCUCCAGAAGAAGCUCAGACAUGCCGUGCCUAGACGUCUGCUAUUCUUUCAGAUUAUAAGGAGAUCUUUAAUUUUGAUUUUGUUAGGCGUCGUCAUAAACUCGAAUCAUAAUCUGUCAACAGUUGCUCAACUUCGUUAUCCAGGAGUUUUGCAGCGUCUGGGAAUUUCAUACCUGAUUAUAGGGCUGGUGGAAGUCGCAUUCAAAAAGAGAAUUGAAGAAGAGCAAACAUCCCGUUUUCAAGAUAUUCUACCGUUCUGGAUGCCCAUGUCUUUCAUAGUUAUUUGCCUUUUGAUACAUACAUGCAUUACCUUCUUCGUGAAUGUACCGGGCUGUGGUGAAGGUUAUCUGGGUCCUGGUGGGUUAGAUGAUGGUGGUAAAUAUUAUAAUUGUACCGGUGGAGUAGCUGGUUACAUAGACAGAUACGUGUUUGGCGAACACAUCUAUAAAGAACCGAUUAAACUUUACGAGACAAAGCAAUACUAUGAUCCUGAAGGCAUUUUGGGCAUCCUGACGUCACUAUUCGUUGUAUAUAUGGGCGUUCAAGCUGGGCGAAUUUUGAACACUUACCCAACAAUCAAAGAUAAAGUCAUCAGAUGGAUUGUUUGGGGUACAGUGACGCUUAUUCUCGGCCUAUCACUUAGCGGUUUCAAACAAAAUGAUGGCCUGAUUCCAAUCAACAAAAAAUUGUGGUCCUUGUCCUUUGUACUUGUUCUCUCUGGACUAGCGUUCUUCAUAGAAACCUUCUUGUUUUUAGUAGUUGAUAUUUAUAAAAAAUGGGGUGGAAGGCCUCUAUUUUACCCUGGCAUGAAUUCCCUAUUUUUAUAUAUUGGUCAUGAAAUAUUCAAGGAUACUUUUCCAUUUGGUUGGAAACCUGUCAUAUCUACUCAUGGUACAUAUUUGUUCAUGAAUUUAUGGGGUACCUUUUUAUGGGUGGCCAUAUCUAUCUACUUAUAUAAACAUAACAUAUUCUUCUCGAUUUAGAUCGAAUAAAAAUACACAGUGCAACUUUAGAAGUUAUAUAAUGAUGAAAGUUAUGACCAAACCUAUAAUACGCGGAAUGGUUAUUGAUUAUUUUGAUACUCGAGUUUUUAAUAUUAGUUUGACUGCAUACUUACUGUGAAACUCACUACGAUUAUUAGGAAUUUUCGAAAUAUGUAUAUUGUAGAUGUUACCAGAAUAUUUCCUUAUUCCAAUACUUAUACAUUUUAGACUGAAUUUCGAUUGUGUUAUAUGCCAAAUUUGUUGAGAAUUAUUUUAUGCAAUGAAGUAUUUAAUAAAAAUUGUUAUAAAC